AUGACCGAGCAGGAUGUGACCCUGCCAGAAGCUCCUCGAGGGGCAGGAGACCUGCUCGCGCCCUCAUCACAGUGGACUCGGUCCCUCCUUGCAGGCGCCGUCGCCGGCCUCACGGUCGACUUCUCCCUCUACCCGCUCGACACGAUCAAGACACGGCUGCAGUCCAACCUGACGCACCAUGCAUCGUCAUUGCCCUCAUCCACCAUCCUCCCGCGCCACACCCUCCGGGGUACGUUGCGGAGCAUGUACGCGGGCCUCCCCUCGGCCCUGCUGGGGUCGAUGCCGUCGGCGGCGUCGUUCUUCGUCGUCUACGACGGCGUCAAGCGCGCACUGAUCGAUCCGACCACGCAGUCGUCCUCCCAGCAGGCUUCGGCGCACAUGCUGGCCUCAUCGCUGGGCGAGAUCGCCGCCUGCGCCAUCCGCGUGCCCACCGAGGUCGUCAAGCAACGCGCCCAGGCGGGCCUGUUCGGCGGCUCGGCGCUGCGUGCGUUGCAGGACAUCCUGGCCCUGCGGAAGUCGGACGGCUACACGACCAUGGUCCGCGAGCUGUACAGAGGAGGCGGAGUCACCAUUAUGCGCGAGAUACCCUUCACCAUCACCCAGUUCAGCCUGUGGGAAUACUUCAAGGCCUCCUACUCAGACCGACAGCACAGACUGACCGGGCGGCAUGAGGGGCUGGUCACCGCCUGGGAGAGCGCAAUCUUCGGCAGCGUCGCGGGAGGUAUAGCCGCCGGCCUCACCACACCUCUCGACGUGCUCAAAACGCGCAUCAUGCUCGCACGGAAGGAGGCAGGCCAGUCGUCCACACGAGCCGGUCCCGCCAGGGUCCUGCAGCAAAUAUGGAGGGAUGAGGGCGCUGCGGGCUUGUUUCGUGGCUUCGUGCCCCGGGUGGGUUGGAUCAGCACGGGAGGCGCGAUCUUUCUCGGGACAUAUCAAUACGUCUGGAAUCUCUUGGGACCUGAGGAAGCAUGA